GUUCCACGAUCUCGAAAGAAAAUUUGUGCGAACGAAGGCUACUCACUCACUUUCGCAUAAGAAUGCGUUCCACUAACUUUCGUUCUUUCUUUCGCAUAGCCUUACGUGAUUCAGUGUUGCAAAAUAUUUUUUGGCAAAAUUAAUCGCGAAAUAAGGCAAAAAAAGCGCCAAAUGUCUAAUUUAAACGCGAAAAAGCAGCAGUGGCUCUGUCUCAACUGACAGUUCAGUUGUAAACAAACAAAUUGUAAAUAAACAAACAAAAUAAAAUUUCUAGUGAUUGAGUUCAGAUUAUUUGUGUUCUUAAAAAAGAAAAAAAUGAAUAUUUCUGUGGCCCUGUUUUUUAUGGAUGAUGAGGAGGAGGUACAAAAUGUGCCACGGAGGCAUUUAAGAGAUGCUUCGAAUUUAUUUGAAGUACCUAACAACCAGUUUGUGGCCAAUUUUCGUGUGUCGAAGGAAGUUUUUCGGGCUCUUUUGGAUAUGAUGGAAGAGAAGUGGGUGGCCGGUUGCAGAACUACCCAAAUCCGCCCCGAUUUAAAACUUGGCACAUUCUUGCGGUUUUUGGCAACAGGAAGCUACCAACAGAAUCUAGGGAACGAAGCCUUGACUUCAACAGCGAAGUCGACAGUGAGCAGAACCAUUGCGGAAUGUCUGCAGAUUUUUGAGGACCACAUUUGCGGCCAAUGGAUAAAAAAGCCGACACUUACAGAGGAACGCAACACAAUGGAGGCUUUCUAUGAAAGAACAAUGUUCCCUGGAAUUGUUGGAUGCGUUGAUGGCACGCAUAUCCGCAUCAAGUCACCAGGGGACGAAUUGAAAGCCCUUUACUAUAAUAGAAAGGGUUAUUAUAGUAUAAAUGCAAUGGUGAUAUGUGACCAUAAAAUGCGUAUAACAUUUGUCGACGCUAGACAUCCCGGAAGCAACCAUGAUGCAUUUGUAUGGGAAAGGAGUGAUCCAGACAAGUGUAUGCAAAGGGAGUUUGACAAUGGAAAACGAAACUUUUGGAUUCUCGGGGAUGGAGGAUACAAAUUGAAGCCCUUUCUUAUGACGCCUUACCGCAGCCCUAGAGAUGUCGCCGAGAAAAAAUUCAAUAAGAGACAUGCUAGUGCGCGUAACGUCAUUGAAAGGUGCUUUGGGGUCCUAAAAAACAGAUUCCGAUGUAUCAUCGGAUCUCGGGGCCUUCAUUAUGACGCUGCAAAGGUAGUGCAAAUUAUAAAUGCAUGUUGUGCGCUGCACAACAUGUGCAUACACUACCGAUCUGAAGAGCCGCCAGGUGAUGUUAUUGAUGAUGAUCUGGAAGACGAAGUGGAUGACAAUAAUGAUCUUGAAAGCAGAGCUGACGCAAUAAGGAGAAAAAUUGCAAUAAAUUUGUAAAAUUAAAAGAAUUUUUUAUUAAAAUAAAAUAAUAUAAAUUAAAAAUUAAAAAAUUAGUUUAAAUUAUUAUAAAAGGACUAUAGUGAAUUGUUUUGUGAAUUGUUUUGCAAAAAAGUUGAUAGAAUUGCUUCUAUAGACUUAAGCAUUUUUGUUUGGGCCUCGGCACAAUCUGCCAUUCUCUCUGCAGCGUCAGCCAUCCUUUUGCUUGCAUCUGCUUGCUCCUUGGCUAUUGCAUUUGCCUGCUCGACCAGCCGCAAUUGCCGACGGAUAAGAGGUAUUUGCUCUCCGACGUUGGAACGUUUUUUUGCUGAUGAUGUGGAUGGAAAAUUAUGUUGUGAUGUGCAUUUGAAUGGGGGUGAUUUCUGCACGGUUUGAUGUUCCAUGUGUUGACGAGGGGACGUUGUUUGUUUACGUUGGUGUUGCUGUUGGGUCUGUGUUUGUUGUGUGUGUGCUGACUGUGUCUGAGUUUGUUGUGUGUGUGCUGACUGUGCCUGUUGUUUUGCAGUUUGUGUGUAGAAAUGGGGUGAGAUUUUUUGUCUUUUGGCUGGUGGUUGGUAUUGUUGAGUUGUGAUGGUACAGGUUUUUACGUUUAUUUGUUGUUGUUGGGUAUGUGAUUCUGGGGAACUGAACUGUCUGGUAGGUGUUACCACUGCUACGGUCUUGGA